AUGGUAAAGGCUCAUUGUUUCCUCUCGGACCAACGAACGGGCUCCCGCACUCGCUCCGGGGCCGGGCGCUCGAGUACCUCAGGAACCAAGACGCCCGCCGAGGAGAAACUCGAUCAGUCGGUCGCCGAGGAGGAGCUCGAUCAGACGCCCGCCGAGGAGAAACUCAAACCCUUUGCCUCCCACGGCCUUGUCGGCCUACAGUGUGGUUCUAUGACCUCUAUCGCUGGUAUGUUCAUGUCGCAUAUUCUGGGCUCGAGAGUGUGUGUCAUUAUGGAGGCAACCUUUACCUGA